AUGAACCAGGAAAGUGCGAUAAAUGAGGAAAGUUCAAGAAAAAGACAUAGAUUGUCUCUAGAAAGCGAAGAAUUUAGUUCAGAAGCUAAAGAAGACACCAGAACGCAGAUAGCAACAACCAUUACCACAACGACAGAUACUUCUAACUCUCAAUUUUUACAAAUUUUGAUGGUUACACAACCAUCAAGUUUAAAAAAUAUACCACGAAAUAAGCACAAACCCUGUUCAUUUUCUGAAGUAUGGGAUUACUUUGUUAAAGGAGUUGAAAAAAACAAUGGAUACUUAUACAU